AUGUGUCCUAAUCCUAUCCUGUUCUCUGUUUUAGAGGGCUAUCCCAAGGCUGUCCUGACCCUGCAGCCUGCCUGGGCACAGAUAUUCAGAGGAGAGACAGUCACCCUAGGCUGUGAGGUGGAGGGGGGCUCUGCUGGCUGGAGGUUUAAACAGUACAGAGAUGGACGUGAAGAGGCAGGGUGCAGUGAUCAAUACAGCAGGAGAUAUGGGGACAGCUGCACAAUCAGUAACGCUCAGAAUUCCCACAGUGGAGAGUACUGGUGUGAGUCUGCAUCAGGACAGGAGCGCAGUAAUGCUGUCAACCUAACUGUGUCCAAUCAAUGGGUGAUCCUGCAGACUCCCCCCCAGCCUGUGAUUGAGGGAGACUCUCUGACUCUGAGGUGUCGUGUCUGGGAUUAUACAGCGACCAGGGUUGACUUUUAUAAAGAAAAUGAAGUGUUACAGUCCCAGGCUGGCACAGAGCUGAGUGUGGAUCAUGUUUCAAAGAGUGACGAGGGGUCCUACAAGUGCAGAGCGGAGUGGAGGUGGGACUCCUCCCCUUACUCUGAUGACUCUGCAGAGGUGCGGGUGUCAGUGAGAGGUAGACAUCGCUACACUGUCGCCAAGGCUCUCACCUCUGCCGGCAGCUGCAGCCGCCCGGUCACCAGCCUGCACUCCGGUCGCCCUGUCCACGCAAGUCGGGUCUCCUGUCGCCGUGUCUCAGUCCCUUUAGAGAUGGCGCCGGGGACGACAGCAAUCCACGCACUGAGCCCCCCCCCCCCCCCAAAACGGAAGAGGAACCAGUCGGAGUUAUCGAACGGACCGGUGGUGCCGUUCUGA